AAAGCAGAAAUGUCAAAAUGGCGUCAACGCAGGACGCUUGGUAUAUUUCUUUACUUGGUUUAGCGGAACAUUUCCGCACAUCAAAUCCUCCUGACAUAAAAAGUUGUAUCCAGUGCCUACAAGCCGUAUUUAAUUUCAAACCACCGCAGAGGGUCGAGGCCCGAACUCAUUUACAACUUGGGAAUAUCCUCUUGACACACACUAAAAACAUCGAAUUGGCGAGAACGCAUUUAGAGCAAAGUUGGUGCCUCUCGCAGUCGAUUAAUGGCUUCGACGACGUCAAGUUCGAGGCGGCGAGCGUGCUGGCUGAGCUGUUCGAGCAGCAGGGCCAGCCCACUCAUUCUAAACCCAUUCUACGAAAGGCUAUUGAGUUGUCACAGCACAGUGUGUAUUGGCAUUGCAGACUUAUAUUCCAAUUGGCACAAAUUCAUGCAACGGAGAGAGAGUAUGAAGUUGCAAGCAGUCUCCUUGGUGUCGGAGUGGACUACGCUCAGAUUUCCAAUGCCGCUUACACAAGAGUACUGUUCUUACUUAGUAGAGUAAUGUUGUUGUUAAUAGACAAAAAGAUUCAGGAAGUGUUACCACUACUCAACCAGGCCGGCCAUUUAGUUGACUCCUGGACAGGCAGCCCACAUCAAAAGGAGUAUCUUAAAGUAUUCUUCCUUGUUCUACAGGUAUGCCAUUACUUGAUGGCGGGACAGGUGAAGAGCGUGAAGUCCUGCUUAAAGCAAUUGCAGCAGAGUAUCCAGACCAUCAUGGCGCCGACCUGGCCCGAUGACGAUGCGGUGUGCGGCACAGCGGCAGGAGAGUCGUUCGUAUGGCUGUCCCGCCAGCAGCUGUACGUGCUGGUGUACCUGGUGACCGUGAUGCACUCGGCGCAGGCCGGCUACAUGGACAAGGCGCACAAGUACACCGAGAAGGCGCUCGCGCAGAUCGACAAGCUGACAACGGGGGAGGAGCCGUCGCUGAGCCCCGCGUCGCCGCGCUGGAGCCGCGCGCUGGCGCUGGCCUGGCGCCUGCGCAUGGCGCUGGUGGAGCACGCGGCGCUGUGCCGGCUGGUGGCCGGCGGCAAAGCGCACGCGCUGCACGAGAUCGCCAAGGCCGCCAAGCUGUUAGCCAACGCGCCAACGCCGGUGUGUGCGGCGGCUCACACGCCUCAACUGCAUUGUCUUCUCGGUCUGUACGCCAUGUCCAUGAACUGCAUGGAAGCCGCCGAGGCACAAUUCCACACCGCCAUACACACGUCACAAGAAAGAGAUUUAUGGAUGUUUGCCAAAUUGAACUUGGCUAUUGUAUAUUUACGACAACGGAGAGACAACGACUUAGCACAACUCAUGGAACAAGUAAGGCCAGAAGCGUUACCGGCGUAUGCGCACGGCCUGAGGGCGGCGUCGUACUACGUGCUCGGACUGCAGGCUUUCUUCCAAGCGCGGUAUAAUGAAGCCAAGAGGUACCUUCGAGAGACUUUGAAAAUGGCCAACGCCGAAGAUCUGAACAGGUUAACCUCGUGCUCGCUGGUGCUGCUGGGGCACAUCUUCCUGUCCAUCAACAACUCGCGCGAGAGCAUGAACAUGGUAACGCCGGCCAUGCAGCUGGCCAGCAAGAUCCCCGACGUGCAUGUGCAGCUAUGGGCUUCGGCCAUAUUGAAAGAUCUGUACCGGCUCGCAGGCGACACGGAGCGGGAGAACGAAGCAUAUCAGAUGCACUGCAACUUCUCUCAAGCGUUACUCAAGGACCACUUCCAAGCCUCGCAGCUUCCUCAGCACGCCCUCGUCCAAUGGACGACGGGUUCUCCCCCUGCGCUCCCCGCACCCCCUAUAGCGCCACCCACCCCUUCAACACACACCCUUCCGCACACGUAGUGACCACUGGAAAUGUCCUGUGGGUGACGCUAUUACCUAAGGUCAGUCUUGUAAUGUAAGUGUACAUUUAGCCUGUACACGAGCUACGUGAUCAUUGUGAAGUGACGUCACUGCGCUAGUGAAAAUUUAGGAUAGGAACGUUGUUCUAAUCACGUGGUACAGGGGGUCUAUUCCCUUUCUGCGUCCGACAUCGGCAAGUAUGAAGCUUCAUUCGCGUC